GCUAAUGAGCCCAACACAACAUCCUGAAGUGAAGGCAUCUGUCUGAACUUGGAGCUCGAGCCCUGGGAAUAAAAACAGCUAGAAAAGUAAGAAUCUUUGUGCAUUUUGCUUUGCCUCUUGUCACAUAUAUCCGUCCACAGUGUAGGGGGAGGCAACCGAACAUAAGGUUGUUUAUAAGUCAGCGUUCUCCUUUAACGUUAGUGUACGGUCAGUCAGCUAGAUAACGUUCCCUCAUUAUCACACUCAGUCUGAAACAUGGCCACAGACGAGCUGUCGUCCAAGCUCAGCCGCCGGCUCCAAAUAGAAGAAGGAGCCGAGGAGCCUGUUGCUGUGGACCUCCUCGGGAACCAGGAUGGCUCGGAAGACAAACCGAGUACAGCCAACGCAGACUCGGAGCUGGGCGCGAAGCUGCAGCGGAGAGAGGAGCUGAACGACGGGCAGGGGGAGCACCGGCAGCCCAGCAUGAAAGUGUUCAACCCCUACACCGAGUUCAAAGAGUUCUCCCGGGGCCAGAUCAAGGACAUGGAGAAGAUGUUCAAAACGUUUGAUGCUGGGAAAGACAACUACAUCGACCUGAUGGAGCUGAAGCUGAUGAUGGAGAAGCUGGGAGCUCCACAGACUCACCUGGGCCUGAAAAACAUGAUCAAGGAAGUGGACGAGGACCUGGACAACAAGCUCAGCUUCAGAGAGUUCCUCCUCAUCUUCCGGAAGGCAGCAGCAGGAGAGCUGGCGGAGGACAGCGGGCUCUGUGUCCUCGCUCGCCUCUCUGAGAUCGACGUCUCCACAGAGGGGGUGAAAGGAGCCAAGACCUUCUUUGAAGCCAAGGUCCAGGCCAUCAGUGAGUCGAACCGGUUUGAGGCGGAGAUCCGUCAGGAGCAGGAGGAGAAGAAGAAGCAGCUGGAGGAGCAGAAAGUGAGACGUGCUGCCUUCAAGGACCUGCAGUCAGCCUUCAAGUGAUCCAGGACCAGUCGCUCUGUGUGCCUCAUGCUGUCAGUCUGUCGUGUGUUUGAAUGCUCCAUGUGUGUCAGACAGUGCUGCUCCAGAGUCCUGCUGACUCACAGACAUUGGUCACUAGUCUACCAUACCAGGACCUGGGUACGUUCUGAAAAUCUGAAGAAAAAUAACAACUGAUUGAUAUAAUUGUAUAUUUAUUUAGCUCCAUCUCUCAGUCACUUUCUCAAACAUGGAGAAUAAAUGUUUAGUGCGAACAUAGCAGGACUGCCAUGAGAGGAGUCUGUGCUCUGCUUAAUGAUUGGAUGAUUUUUAAAAUACCCGUCUUCCUCCACUGUGCACCUUUUAGUCAAGUCACACAGGGCUCCAGUAAAAAUGGUCGGAAUGAUUGUAAACUGGAUAGCUUUUUAAUAUAAUCCUGCCUCAUAGUAAACAAUAAACCUUCUCUCAUGGAUUUAAUAAUCCAAUUGGCCUUCCCAACAUAAAACACACACACACUCACCACCAACAAAGCGACAAUGUGAUGACCCAGUGUCUAGUUCUGAGUGUGUGUAGAUUAGUGAUGAAUGCCUCUGUUCCGCUGCCCUGGCUACAUGUGUGUGUAUGUAUUUGUAUAUGAGCUUGUUGGACUACUUUUCUAUUUUACUCAUUCCACAGUGACACCUGCAAUGCAGCUGUCACACACCCUUCAGAUAGUGUUCGAUGUUAAAUCAAUAACUGAGCUGCACAUUUUGACUGUCUGCUCUGUAUUUUUCUAUUAUGGGGUUUGGUGGGUAUUUAGUAUUUUGUAUGUUGUUUAGGCUGGUUGUGGUGUGCCGUUCUUCAGCAACUUGUUUUGCAUGGGCUCUCUGUAACUUUGAGUUUAAAAAUAAGUGUUUUUCCUGUCUACAUUCAGUCAGUAUUCCUCUACUGUUAACAUUUCAAUCACCUGCUGAGACCUGGAGCUUUCUUAUUGAGAGUUUAUGCAAACCUCAUGAGCCAUCAGAUCAAUGAGAAUCAGAUCCAUGAGAAUCAGAUCCAUGAGAAUCAGAUCAGUCAAAACGAAAAGUUAUUUCUUUUUUUUAAGAUCAUCAUAUCUCUGUUUUUUUUUAAUUGAAACCAGCCUUGAGAAAUCGCUAAUUAUAAUGAACGCAGCAGUUCAAUAACUGUCCAUUCCAUGUCCUGCCAUGCUGCCCUCCUUAAUGGGAGCUUAACAAAACUUGAAAUGCAUUUAUUCUAAAUGUUAGUUCCUGUCAUUUUCCUGCUAACGCUCGUCCUUUGCAAAGACUUUGUCAGUGACAGCGAUCGUGUUUUUAAUUUGAUCUUGCUCAUCUGUAACAUACAUUUUUAUCCCUGUUGGCAAUCCGACCGAGUGCGGACGCUUUCCAAAGUUUUUAAUUAGUUGACUGUCUAUUACAGCACCUCCAUCAGUCCAAUUAGACUCAGAAUUAAUGGGAAGCAUAAUAACUACAUCCCAAGUUCAACAAAAGGAUGUAAACAAGUUUUUCAUUGUUCUGUCACCCUGAGUAGUCAUCAUGUCGAGGACUAUGCCAUCACUGUUUAUUAAGUGCUAGGGAACAAAGAUUUCAUUUGAAAACUCAAUAAACAGACCGGGACAGACACACAGUGUGACCACUAGGUGGCUCUUCUGACCAUGUGAAGAAGGAAGAACAACAUCAUGUUUCAGUGUUUUACCCAUAUUUCCUAAAUAUUCCAAAUAAUCUUUUAUGGCUGUGACUUCUCAUGUAGUUAUGCCCAGGAUUAUGCCAACACUGUAAUAUAAAGUGGUGGGGAUUCUUCUCCAGCAUCAUUCCUCCAUGUCCUGAUGGUUACCAGAGAAGUGCCAAAGGAUUGACGAAAGUCAUAGGCCCUGUCCGGUGCAGUUUCACUCUAUGAAGCAGAAAUGUGAAUGAAAUGAAUAUUAACUGUAAUACGGUUAUGUUUUGGCCAUGGUCCGGUCGAUGUGUUGUUGGUACAGCAUUCCCUCACACUACUCUUAUGAUCAUUCUGGAGUCCAUCAGGGGCCUGGAUGAGUUUUUCUGCUGUAAUUCUGCUGCGGACAAAAACUGUAACAUCAGGGUACGGUUAGAUGUGUAUUAAGUUUUUCCUUACUUUUUUGUACAAUGUACAUUAGUACGUCUUGUAUGCUGAUCAGAUAAUAAAAAACUGUAUUGCACCUUCA